AUGGCGACCAUUACUGGACUACGUGUCAUUGUCGCUGGGGCGGCCACUGGUGUUGGUGCCGGCACCGCGAAACUGCUCGCCGCCCGUGGGGCCAAGGUUGUCGUAGCCGACAUUAACAUUGCCGCAGCAAAGGAUGUUGGUGCCGAGAUCAACAAUGCUGGAGGCAGUGCGACCGUCAUCGAGUUCGAUCUUGCGGAUGAGCAGUCCAUCAAGAAUCUCAUCGAGAAGGGCACUGAGUGGCUGGGAGGGCUUGACAGCCUGCUGAACAUCGGGGCCGAUCUGAACCCCAAGACUUUGGGCAAUGACCGAGCAGUGCACGACAUGGAUGCUGAAAUCUGGCAUCGGACAUUCCAAGUCAACACGACAGGUUACGCCUUGACGACGAAAUAUGCUCUUCCCCACCUGAAGCAAGCCAGUGGCGGUACCAUCAUCAACAUUUCCAGUAUGGGUGGGCACUACUUGGGUACUCCAGAGCCACUCAGAGUGGCCUACGCUGCUUCGAAAGCGGCCGUGCAUGCCUUGACACGUCAUACAGCCACGACAUAUGGCAAGGACAAUGUCAGGUGCAACACUGUUGCCCUGGGGCCUAUCUUGACUGAGACUCUCCAGAAGUCCAUCAACGCAAGCCCUGCCAUGCAAGAGGGCCUAAAGAAGGUGCCGCUGCAAAGGUUGGGGAAGCUGGAGGAGGUGGCAGCUCUACUGGCAUUUAUGAUAUCCUCAGAUGCGGCAUAUGUCACGGGUGAUAUCUGGUCAAUCAACGGAGGAACUCAUGUCAUGACCUACGCUUGA